UUUGUGCAGUCGCUGGAACUCGAUGAAUUCCCAUUUCACGUUGGGAAGGGUCAGCGUUAUGUUAGUGAUGGAAGCCUUGUCUCCUUUGUCUCCUCUCUGACGGGUGAGCAGAAACAAGACGUCUUAGAUUCUUCCCUUUUGGCGCAGCUGGCUGCAAACAAGAAGUACGACCGCGAAAAUGACACCGACAAAUGGUACAAAGAAUACACUAAUGUCAUGCAAAUGCUUGGUUGGGUUAUGCAAGGAUUCAAGUUCGGCAGAUACAAGUCUUCCGCUGCUUCUUUCUCCCUCUCCCAAGUAACUCUGGAAAUUUUGAGUGCUCUGGUAGGGGGUGAGGCAGAAAUCCUGAAUGUGAUGAAGGCCACCAUCAGUGCAUUGGCGAAAUCUCCAGAAGGUCUUAAUCUGUUCGAAUCUGGCGGUAUCCAAGGUAAAAACGGCAACUUCCAGAUUGUUCCAUGUACAACCGACAGGAGCGGGCAAGUUAAUGUAGCUUUCAUGUGUUUCUACUUCAAAGCCAAUCGCCAUGAAGACAACUUCUUUUUCUUCUCCUGGAAACGACAAGACAUCACGCUGCUCUUUUCAACCCAGACCUGCACUUUAAACGAACAAGCAUAUGCCCAAGUCCGUGAAGCAGUCAUUGAAAAGCUGGGAAAAAGAAGGAUUACUUUUGUUCAUGACCUGGACAUUUAA